AUGGCAGGCAUUACAAGAUUGUGCAGACAAAAGCAUCAUUUUUCGGCUGCGCGCCUCAUCAAUCCCUCAGAGUUUGCUGGCUUCAAGUGGGUCAGCGAUCCUGAGGAAGAUCUCGUGCCGGGUGCUUAUUUGGCUAUGUCGAAAAGGGAACGAUUCGGACCUUUCAAGAAUAUUCCAACACCUUCCCAGCUCAGACCAUUGUGUUCUUACGUUAUACUCCAGGAAUUGACUAAGCCCGGUAUGUUCGCAUACCAGCGUAUAACCCAAAUGGAUCUUUAA